UGACAAGAAAACAAACCAGCUGGAGGCUGAGCUUACAGUAACACACACACACACACACACACACACACACACACACACACACACACACACACACACACCCUUCCAUCAAAAGCAGAGACAGAUUUUAGAGCAGUUGAAUCAAGUCAGAGGUGGCAGCAGGAGUAACAGCAGCAGCAACAGCAGCAGCAGCAUGAGAAGCAAGAAGAUGCAUCGCUCACUGCCACUUUGCUUCCUCCUCCUGGUCUCCUGGGCUGUGGCCACAGCAUCCCUUCCCUUGGAGGACAGCUUUGCCUUGAAAGACAGUCAGCCCCCGAAGGAAAUGGCAGACGGAAGGAAGAGCGACUUCCUGACCUUCCUCUCUUCUUUGUACGCCUGGACUUCCCACGGCGGGGAAGUGCCUCUGGUGGGGGCUGAGGACAUGGAGUUCUCAAAGCGAGAAGAAAGGGCCCUUCCCCACCACGUACCCCCCCGGGAUAAGAUCCCCUGCAAGAACUUCUUCUGGAAGACGUUCUCCUCCUGCUGAGGUCCCCCUCCCCACCCCCUCUCCCUUUCCCCUCCUGGGAUGGGCCGCUGGUCCAAUGAGCAGCAGGAACACAAAUGUAAUUAAUACGGGCCAAUGAUUAAUGAUUUCCCUUCCUUGUGAAUGUUGUCAUCCCCCCCUCCCUUCCCCCCCCCCACCAGGAUGUAAACCCUUGUUUGUUUCUCUUCCAAUAAAGCAUAUGGACUGAA